CAGAGUGGAGGAAGAAUGUUCCCCUCUGCCUCUGAUUAGGUCCUGAGCCGCAGGAGAAGAGUCUGACCUACUUCCCAACAAUGUUUAAAGCUUCAAGAAGCUGCAGUUCAGGGACCUAAAGGGCAAAGAGACCCUUAACGCUCCUUUUGGAUUAGCGCGUCUGCCUCAGUGCAACAGACUAUGUCCCAGUAUUCCAACAACUAUCUCCUUGUUCCUAUCCCCGAGUAUCCGAUCUUGGACUGUGUCCCUAACAAGAACAUCAAGAUUGUAGUGCUGGGGGGAAGUGGUGUUGGGAAAACAGUACUUUUUUUUUUUCACACAGCACUGGUCGUCAGAUUUCUCACCAAGAGAUUUAUUGGAGACUAUGAGGCAAAUGCUGGAGCCUUAUAUUCCAGAAAGGUUACGAUUGAUGGGGAACAAAUUUCUCUCCAAGUGCAGGACACACCUUAUGUAUCAAUGGAGGACGAUACAGACAGUAUUUCAUGCCAGGAGCAAAUCAACAGAUCUAUUUACUGGGCGGAUGGAUAUGUGUUUGUCUUUUCUAUUACAGACUAUAAUAGCUUCCGGGUAAUCAGACCUUUGUACCAGCACCUGCGCAAAAUCCACCCCAAUACUAAGAUACCGCUCCUUCUGGUGGGGAAUAAAGCCGAUCUCCUGAGAGCCAGGCAGGUGGACCCUGAUGAAGGUCUUCUACUGGCCAAUGAAGUGGGAGGAUUCUAUGCAGAGGUAUCUGCCAGAGAACAUUAUGAAGGGGUAUAUGGUGCUUUCUACCAGCUGUGCCAAGAAGUGGGAAAGAUGAUCUUUAGCUGCAAUGGGGAAAAGAGAAGAGGCCUUCAUCUUGGGCGCCCAAGGUCACCAAACAUGCAGGAAUUAAAAAGAAGGUUUAAACAGGUUUUGUCAUCCAAAGUAAAGGCUACAACAACCCUUUGACCUUUAUUCACCUUGUUGGAGAGGCUGCAUUUUAAACAGUUAAGAGCAAGUGGCUUUUAUUUUGGCACGGGUUGUUCUGGAAACAAAUGAAGCCACAAUCCACCUUCAGUAUGUACACCUGUGCAGUGCAGCUAUAUUUAUAAUAACUUGACUUUUUUAUUUUGAUGCUGUUUUUUUAUAAAGGUUUUCAGAUCAAUUAUUUUUGUCUCAGACUGAGCAAUCCCAACAAUGUGUAAAACCAGUAGAGUGUUUUUGUUUUACCUAAUUGCACUACCUGUGAUGAUAUUUGGUAUAGAUAGCUAGAAGAUAUUUGUUUUUUUUUUUAAAGAAAAGAAAAUGGCAGUAGUUUUUUAUCAUCAGACAUUGUAGUCCUUAAAUAGACCCUUACAGAACUUGCUUUGCCCAGGCUCCUCUCCUACCAAAGAUGGCCAUCGGUGUCAAAAUUAUAUGCAUUUAUUAACUACAGUUCCCAGCAUUCCAUCAGUUUUAAGCCACUGCUGAUGGGUGGGAGUUUAUACUAUUUAACUGCUCAUGGUUCAGGGUUGGACUGGGACAACCCGUUGGCACUCCCCCGCCUGCAGGUGACCCUCCCCUGACGUGUUUUAUUUACGCACGAUCAGGGGAGGAUAUCAGGCAGUGGCUGGGGCCCCUGUUGGGGGGGGUUACAGGCCGUGGCAGGGGACGUGGCCAGCGGAUGCACCUUGGGGGGUGUGGAGCCCCUGGAGCGGCAGCCCUGGUGGGCCCUUCACCCCCCAGUCCAACCCUGUAUAGGUUCCAUAAGACCCAUUUACUAAACCAAGUGUGGAGCAAACCUCAGAACUACUUUAUACUUGAAACUUGUGCCAAAACCCUGGUUGCUUCCUCCUUUUGAAUAAGGGGCAAAGUACAGGGCACGUGGACUGAGCCUUGAAUUAACACUUUCCGUAAAGAGGUAGUACUUCAAGUCCCCCCUUUGCAUGUUGCACCUACACACACAACUCUACAUGCACGCUAACGAAACCCUCACUGAGGCCAGCGAACCUCAAGCGCAACUUGCAUGUGAUAUAGUCAUUUUUAAAUCUUAUUUGUAAAUCAUGUGCAGGUUGCGGCAGAUACUACUUAUGUAAUACCUGCAAUUAUGUCAGAAUUUUGGGGAAAAAAAACUGUAUUGUUGGCAAAAAGCAUGUUGAUUUGCAUUUGUGCUUGUUAUAUGCAUUAGUAAAUGAGUCCUUAGGAGUUUAACAAAACUCAACUGUUAAAAUAGAAUAAACCUUUGGCCAAUGCCGUUAAGAGAGAUCCUGGUCUAUCUACUCUAUUGUUUAUUAAUGGGGAAAGCUUUACAGUUUUGUAACACUGAAAUGUUUUAAGCUGGAGAAAAAGCCAUCUAUUUUUCUUCUUUGUUCUUGUACAGCAAGGAUCCUCAAACUACGGCCCAUGGGAUGUAUCCGGCCCCCCAAGGUGAUUUACCCGGCUCCCACUGCAUCCUCACCCCUGGCUACUACCUGUCUGCAGGCGCAGCGAGGAGCAGGGAGCGGGCCGUAGUUUGAGUUUUGAGGACGGGCGGAGAGGGGGGGGCUGUAGUUUGAGGAUUAUAGUCGGGCCCCAUGUUAAAAAAGUUUGAGGACCCCUGUUGUACAGAAAUAGGGAAUGACCAUGGAAUAGGCCAAAUGGUUAGAAGUAGAAGUGUUCACUGACACCUGGCCCCACCAGGAGUUCACUGCUCCUCUUCAGGUAAGGCAAAGAGGGUGGUUGGCCUGAGUGGCCAGCAUCAGCAUGGGCCCUACAAAGAAAAAAACAUUGUUAAAUAUAUAAGAGAAAAAAAUGUAACAACUGUUACAAGGUUGAAGGUGAACCCUUAAGAUUCCGAACUGGAUCAUUAGGAUGCUUAGGCCACACUCAGUUAUGCCCCUAUUACCCUUGAUCCAUCCAAUUACCUCCCAACUUUUGGAAUCCCCAAAUUAUAUCUGACCUGCAUAAAUAGGAAUAAUUGAUAUAUCAGAUAUUUACAACCAGAGGUUAUUGAGGGAUGCUGGGAGUAGAAAAGCAGCAGGGGGGGGGUCAUGAUUAAGACAUGCCUUAUCAAGUAAUUAGCCAUUUACCCACUCCCCUCAAAACUGGGCCCCUGCAUUACUGUAAUGCCUGGCCCCCAUAUUGUAACUUUAGCCCUGAUAUUCCCCUAUAAAUAAGGUGUCAAGACACAGAAACUCCAUUUCAUAUGCUAGGCUAUAAAAUAUCUCCCAUUGGGGAGGCCAUACAUCACAGAACCUACACAAUUUUGUGUAGGAAAGCAUUUGGCAUAGCAAACAAAACAGUUUGUUACCGUUUUUAUCACCGGAAUAGCUCAUAUAGCUAUAUAAGGUUUGUAGCAGCAUCUGCAAUUGGAAUUUAUGGACAAAUGUAUUAUAGUGUGUAAGCCAACAUAACCAGUGAUGCUACCCAUAACAACCAAUCAGCAAUUUGGUGAAUGGUCACAAAAGCAAAGAUAUGAUUGGUUGCUAUAGGAAAAAUCACCCGUGAUGUUGUAUUACACACUAUAAUAAAUAUACCCCUUAGUUUCUUCUAACUGCCCCUCAAGUUUCCCCUGGCACAACUCUACUAUUUGGACACUAACACAGUAUGAGUGCAAACUGGCAACCCCCACUUUACUUCCAUUAUUCUAGCUGCACUAGUAAGAGAAUGGGAUAAUGUAUUGUGGGACAGAAUGGCACUUUCCCAUAUGACUCACAAGCAGGGGGUCUCACAAGCCCACCGCUAAUGUUGGACAUAUUUUUUUCCACAUCUGUGGGUUCCUCUGCUCAUGUGAGAAUCUGACAUAUGCAUAUUUCUUCCUGUUUACAUAGUCAACAAAAUUAAGAAAAUUGCUUGGAUUUGGUUUUUCUAUAUUUGUUUUGUACAACGAACAUCAGUUUAUUCAUCCCAAUAUGCCCAACUGGAACCAAAAUGUAAAAUAAUGAUUUCCCAACAAAAUAACAGAAACAGCAGUGCAAUAAACUGAAUUUGCUUUACUUA